AUGGCCGGCAUCUCCGCCGAUGACGAGCUCCUUCACGCCGCCGCCACACCCGACGAUGAGCUCCGUGCGGCCACCGAGGCACGGGCGCCGCCCGCCAACGAGCACAACUCGUCGGAUGAGGGCGUCACCGACGACCACGGCUCCGAUGAUGAAGGUAGCUACGACGUUUCGCCUGGCGCGUGGAUCGUGCUCCACAGCCUACAGGGGAAGCCUGCACUCAACGGCAUGGUCGGCUUUGCCCUGGAAGCCACCAGCGGUGCCGGUGGCGAGAGCCGGUGGCUGGUCCAGCUCAUGCCCUCCUGCGAGCGUCUCAAGGUGAAGCCCGCGAACUUUCAAGUGGUCGCCCCCGCCGAUUGGAAGCAGGGGUCCGAGCCCGAAAGGGCGGCCGCCGAGCGCUUCGCGCGAUGCAUCCUCGAGGCCUUCGCCGACAGCAGCGGCCCGGCGAAGCUAGCCUUUCCGAUUUGCGAGAGUCACCACAACAAAUCGCGCAGCGUCGUCCACGGGGUGGCUCGCGACAUGCCGGACCUCUUCUACGAGACGCGGUCGACGGGGCCCAAGGAUAACCGGCAGCUGGUCGUGGAGCGGAUCGAGAAGCCGCCGCUCGCGCUGCCGCCACCGAGCGACGCUGCGGGCGCCUCCGACGACCUGUCCCUCUCCAAGUUUGACGAGCUCUGCUUGCUGCUCAACGCCAUGGAUGCGGUGCCGAACGAGACGGGGGCAAUAGAAAAGCGCAAGCGCAUGAGCGCAAGGUUCUGGCGCGGCCUGGCGCCUUCGGGACGCGCGCGGCCGCGGCAUGCGAGACCCGGCCUCUUCGCCGUCAUGCGUCUGCUGGUGCCUCACCACGACUCUCGGCGGUAUGGCCUCUCCACGGAGAGGCUGGCCGCCACGUUUGCGGAGGGGCUGGGGAUCGGCAAGCCGCGCGCCAAGGGGAUCGGCAAGGCGUGGAUGCUCGACGAGAGCGUGGCGCUCGGAGUCACGGGCGACGUCUCGCUGGUGCUGGAGGCGCUCGCAGUGGAGCGGAUCGACCCGCGGCGCGAUACGAUCCUCACCGUCGGCGCCGUCAACAAGGCUCUCGACGCGAUGCAGAAUGCCGGCAAGGUUGAUCUGCUGCUGGGCCUGGCGGCGCGGGUCGCCAAGCCGCGCGAGAUCAAGUGGCUGACGCGCAUUGUGCUGCGUGACCUGCGGAUUGGCUCGCGCCCGAGCAAUCCCGUGCCGCAGAAGGGACGCCCCUUCGCGCGUACUCAGUAA